CACCGGCCUUUUCUGUGUCUGUGAGAAAUGAGAAUGGCGUCUGACAUGAUGACGGCAAUUAGAAGAGGAAUGGAUGUAAUGAGAAAGUAGAAAACUGUCUGGAGAAGGGUGAUCCCCAAAGUAAUACCCAAUAAAUGGAUAACGAUUUUCGACUGCCUCAUCGCACGCAGAGUGGAACAAGCAUUUAUGGCAUUAUCGAAUGAGAAUAUUAUCAAUACACCAACUAUUGGGCCACUAACAUCGAAAUCGGAAAUUGUGCACAAACCUUGGUCUUCCUUCCUUUCCAGCUUGGUGUACACUUCUGAACGUCGGAGUUUUAUGAAAUUCCGUUUUACAUCUGCAUUGCAAUGAUACCAAUUUCAUCAUCAGAAACAAACACCUUUCAAGUGAACAUUGGGCGGAGCACUUGAGAUAACAAAAACACAUUAUCGAGCUACAUAUUUGAGUAAGCAAGAUUAAAAACAGCAUUUGACAUCGACGGUGUUCAAACAUCCUUAAUCCUUUGCCUCCAAUCUUACGUCGCAAUUCUUUUUUCAGUUCUUACCUCCCUCUCUGUAACCUGCAUGUCUGUUGGCCGCAAGUGCCACCUUGCUAUCGUUGCCUGCACAAUUACGUCGUGUUUCAGAGUUUCGCCAUGGCCAGGGGUGCCAUCAUUCUGCUACCCACACUGUGGCUGAUCUCAGCCAUCACCUCGUGCGGCGCCGACACCGGCGGAUUUGUUCCCAACCCACACCCGUUUCACACGGCUGCCGACCUCAACUCCAUCUACACCGGCGGCCAGCCGUCCAGCUACUCCUCCUACAAGACGGCCAACGGGUUCACCGUGCUCCCUGGCGGCUCUGGUGCCACGUCUAAGUACAACUUCAGCGCCUCUCAGUCUGCUGUGAAACAGGACCGUCAGGGGAUUCUGCUCGCCACGCAGCGUCCUGAGGUCCAUCCGGAGGAUCGUGACGACGCCUACGACUUCAACGAGUAUCCUCCGGAGGACUUCAACUCGUACUCGCGGGAGGACCUGCGCCGGCUGCGCACCAAGUGCUACCAGUUCCACUACCACUACGGGCCGCUGUACGAUGUGCAGAAGUCCUUCCAGGGCCUGCGCCGCACUGUGCAGAAGACGGCCAGCAACACGGCCAGAGAUUUCUACACCACUACCGGCAGGCUCAGCCAUGCCAUCAACCGGUCUGCCAACGGGUUCGCCCGCUUCAUGGGCGGCCUCGGCGGCAAGGUGAUGUUCACCGUACUGGCCACGGCUGCUGCGCUGCUCUUCAUCUCCCUACUGCAGAUCGGCAUCAACGUCAGCGGCCCGCGCCUCUGUCGCUGGAAUUUUGGACACUUUUGCGGGCUGGACGUCCACUGUGCGCAGUGAGCCGGCGGCCAGGAGCAGCCGCGGUCUAUCAGCUUAUGAUGCCAUCCAGGUGCUGUACAUGCUGGAGCAGGCCUUCGAGAAGAUGCGCGUGCUCGAGUUCGAGUGCCAGCAGCGUGCCG